AAAUAUGAGUCACCGAGGAAGGUCGACAUACAGGCCUAGACCAAGAAGGAAUGACCAAGAAUUUUGUCAGCGGAUUGGGGCUGUGGUUGCCCAUCAGCCCAGAGAUGAAGAGCCUCCGCAGGAGGAGCCACCAACUGGAAUUCAGGGUGUUACUCCUGGUCAGAAGAGAGAUGCAGGAGCACCUGAGAUUCAAGGGCCUGACCUGGAAGCUGAUACCCAGGAACUGUCUCAGCCAGAGACUGGGGUUGAAUGCCUGGGUCCUGAUGUCAAAGAGGAGAGUCUACCAACUCUAAAGCCCACUGAAGUGCUCGAAGCAGGUGAAGGACAACCACCGGCUUAAACGAAGACAAACUGAAACAAUGCAGACUGCUGUUAUAUUGGAUAUUUGACUUAAAAUCAUCUCAAUAAAGUUUUAAC